AUAUAUAACGGUCGCCGCCGUAAUCGGAGGAUUGUGAUGGAAGAUGAGCAUCAUAAUGCUGAUCUGACAGAAGGCAGCAAUGUACAAGCAUCCAGGCAAGAAGGCACCGAGGAUGAUGUGGAAGAGAUGGAGGAGCAUCCGGAGAUGGACGAGCUGUCUCCUGACGUUGGCCACAGCCGGAAUAGACGUAUACAUUCUGCACUCGACGUCCAUUACGUUUCGACCGCCAAGAAAGAAUCGGAUGACAACCGCGAAUCUGAGGCGGGAGAGGAUCCCGCUGUUCCUGCUCGCCCUGUGCAAAAUCCAGAACAACCUCACCCAGCCGGCAAUGGUUCCAAGAGCACAAAAGCGACUAGGAACGGGUCUUGGAAACGGAAGGGGCGCAGACCCACCCAAUUGAUCAACGUACUGCGUAUCAACGGUCUUCGCAAUAAUAGUAUCACAGCUGCUGACUCUACAAGGUCUCUUGUGGAGGAAAUUCUCCUGGGCGAGAUCAAUAAGGACGCAGAGAAGGUCAGCCGUGUAACAAACCCUGCCCGUCGUAAGCAGCUUAAGACGAAAAUCAUGCACACCUUGUCUUACAGCGAGGCUUUGGGCGAACGCUUAAUGGUGCUUCAAGAUGCUAAUGAUUCUCUUGUUGGCUCCUCGCUUCGGCUCAAGAAGUUCAAGAAACAAAAGUUGGACAAGCGGCGCGAGUACCUAGCCAUUCAACGGGAGCGCCAAGAACUCGCAGUCAAGAUGGAUCAGAUUCGUGAACACCACUUCUACGAGAAGGCUGCCUUUGACGCCCAAAACGAGCUCAGCAACUCAAUAUUCGACAUCCAGAUGGCUAUUCGGAGCGGACGGAAGCAAGCGCAACAUCAGGGAAGGGAAGACGAAGGUCCAUAUGCCCCAUUGAAGAUGGUGCUGGAAAAUGUUGCCAAGAAUGUUGAUUCGGGAGGGUUGUUGGCUUCAGCGAAGAGUUUUAAUCGUAUCCUGGAGAGGGCGGCGAGCUUCCUGGAGGGAAGGGCGUGAAUCUGCUUUGGUUCUUCCCCUCCACUGCUUGCAUGGUGAAAUGAUGGAAUGUGCAGAUUCAUUUCUGUAACAGCAGGCAGCACCAUUAAUGCUUCCCGACACGGCAUGAAUUGUG